AUGGCGGCGGCCCGGCGGGCGCGGGCGGGCGCUGGCGGCGCGGGGCCGGGGUUCGGGCGGGCGGCCGAGCCGGCGCCGGCGGUGCCGCAGGGGCUGCUGCGGUUGGCGCGGCGCAGCGGGCAGCUCAACCUGGCGGGACGCGGCCUCACCCACGUGCCCGAGCACGUGUGGAGGAUCAACCUGGACACGCCGGAGGAAGCCCAGCAGAACCUGUCCUUCGGAGCUGCUGACCGCUGGUGGGAGCAGACGGACCUGACCAAGCUGAUCCUGGCCUCCAACAAGCUGCAGAGCCUCUCAGAGGAUGUGCAGCUGCUGCCUGCCCUCACCAUGCUGGAUGUGCAUGACAAUCAAUUGACAUCACUUCCUUCUGCUUUAGGGCAACUUGAAAAUCUCCAGAAACUCGAUGUCAGCCACAACAAACUGAGGAGCCUUCCCGAGGAGCUGCUGCAGCUGCCCCGUCUGAGGAGCCUCCUGGUGCAGCACAACGAGCUGAGCCAGCUGCCCGAGGGGCUGGGGCAGCUCCUCACCUUGGAGGAGCUGGAUGUGUCCAACAACCAGCUCACAGCCAUCCCCACCAGUUUUGCUCUGCUGGUGAAUUUGGUGCGGCUCAAUCUGGCCUGUAACCAGCUCAAGGAGCUGCCUGCAGAUCUCAGUGCCAUGAAAAGCUUGAGGCAACUGGAUUGUACAAAAAAUUACCUGGAAACGGUACCUCCUAAAUUAGCAACCAUGGCAUCCCUGGAGCAGCUUUACCUGAGGAAAAACAAACUGCGUUCCUUGCCGGAGUUUCCCUCCUGCAGGUUACUGAAGGAAUUACACGCUGGGGAGAAUCAGAUUGAAAUCCUGAAUGCAGAGAACCUGAAACAGCUGAGCUCCCUGUGCGUGCUGGAGCUCAGGGACAACAAGAUCAAGGCAGUGCCCGAGGAGAUCACGGUGCUGCAGAAGCUGGAGAGACUCGACCUGGCCAACAAUGACAUCAGUAGGUUGCCUUACACCCUGGGGAACCUCCCUCAGCUGAAAUUCCUGGCGCUGGAGGGAAAUCCUUUGAGAACCAUUCGGAGAGACCUGCUGCAAAAAGGCACCCAGGAACUGCUGAAAUACCUGAGAAGCAAAAUCCAAGAUGAUGCACCUGGCCCCAAUGAAGAGCCUCCUGUGACAGCCAUGACUCUUCCCAGCCAGUCCAAGGUCAACAUCCACGCCAUAACCACACUGAAAUUACUGGAAUACAGUGACAAGCAGGCUGCAGAGAUCCCCGAGGCCGUGUUCGACGCUGUGGGCGCCAAUCCCGUGGCCACCGUGAACUUCAGCAAGAACCAGCUCAGGGAGAUCCCCCCAAGGCUGGUGGAGCUGAAAGACUCCGUUUGUGAUGUCAGCCUGGGCUUCAACAAAAUCUCCUCCAUUUCCUCAGAGCUGUGCCUGCUCCAGAAAUUAACACAUUUGGAUCUCAGAAACAAUGUUCUGACAGCCUUGCCUGAGGAAAUGGAGGCACUGAAAAGCCUGCACACAAUAAAUCUUGCUUUUAAUAGGUUUAAGGUGUUUCCCAGUGUCCUGUAUCACCUCCCAGCCCUGGAGACCAUCCUGCUCAGCAACAACCAGGUGGGAUCCAUCGACCCCGUGCAGCUGAAGGCCCUGGACAGGCUGGGAACGCUGGACCUGCAGAACAAUGACCUCCUCCAGGUGCCCCCAGAGCUGGGCAACUGUGAGAACCUCAGGAGCCUGCUGCUGGAAGGGAACCCGUUCCGCACGCCCCGCGCCGCCGUGCUGGCCAAGGGCACGGCUGCCGUGCUGGAGUACCUGCGGAGCCGUAUUCCCACCUGAGCCCUGAGCCUGGGCACUGCUCCUGGGCCUGGCCUGGCAUUCCCACCUGAGCCUGGCCUGGCCAAGGGCAGGGCUGCACUGCUGGAACACCUGCAGAGCCACAUUCCAGCCCCACAGGAGC